UUUUCUUCUAUUAUCGUUAAUAUACCUAGGUUCCUGUCUGGAGGUAUUGGUGGUCCACUGCUACUAGACACGGAAGUCUGUUAAGCGAAAGCUUCUUCUAUUCAGUCCACAACCUUUUGAACCAAUUUGAACCAUUUGUAUAUUGAAUAACUACAGUGCUAACUUUGGGUUUUGUGCGCUACCUUGUUGUGUUAUGGAUUCCUAUGAUGUUAUAACAAACCAGCCUGUAGUUAUAGAUAUAGGUACAGGUAUAUUGAAAGCAGGUUUCGCAGGUGAUCAAGUACCAAAGUACCGAUUUCCAAAUUAUAUUGGCCGUCCAAAACAUGUUAGAGUUAUGGCAGGUGCUCUUGAAGGUGAUGAUUUUAUUGGUCCUAAAGCAGAGGAACAUCGUGGUUUAUUAAGUAUACGAUAUCCUAUUGAACAUGGUAUUAUUCGUGACUGGAAUGAUAUGGAACGUAUUUGGGCUUAUAUAUAUGGCAAAGAUCAAUUGAUGGUCAAUAGUGAAGAACAUCCAGUUUUAUUGACAGAAGCUCCACAUAAUCCAAAAAGAAAUAGAGAGAAAAUGGCAGAAAUAUUCUUUGAAACUUUUAGUGUACCUGCGCUUUACAUUUCAAUGCAAGCGGUAUUAAGUUUAUAUUCCACUGGACGAACUACAGGUGUUGUAUUAGAUUCAGGUGAUGGUGUAACUCAUGCUGUACCUAUCUAUGAAGGUUAUGCUCUUCCACAUGCUAUUGAACGUACAGAUUUAGCUGGUCGAGAUGUAACACGUUUUUUACGUUUAUUAUUACGUAAAGAAGGUGCUGACUUUCAUACAACAUCAGAAUUUGAAAUUGUUCGCCAAAUAAAGGUAAAUAAGUUAAUGGAUGUUUAA